UUGUUUCCUCUCUCUUCCCCCAGUCCCCUCUUCGGAAGUAGACACUAGCUGUCUACUUUCCCCAAAUUUAUUUUUAUAUUUUACAAUAAUACCCCCCCACGAAAGCCAAAAUGGAGGACUGAGCCGAAAAACGGGUCCCCGACUUUAUUCAUCUCGGAACUGAGUGGACCGGAUGAAAUCCAACUGUGGUUUUCUCCGCUUCGCAGGGGAGGUAGCUGUAUCCAGUGGGGAGGAAGGCUUAACCAGGGUGAGAAAGAAUGAAGUUCUCCGAACCCUGGGGAGUCCACAGGCUGGCUUUUCUUCUAGAAAAAGCCAUGUCUAAGGAAGCCAAGAUGUGGAGGGGCUACAUGCCAAAGAAGCCCACCUCACAGGAUACAGAUAUCUCCCCGACUCAGCGGGACAAGGCCGUGUGCUGGCUGACGGAACUUCACGGCAGACUGCAGCUUUACCCAGAAACUCUGGUGUUAGCUGUUAGCAUUCUGGACCGCUUCCUCGCUUCCAUCAAGGCUCGUCCAAAGUACCUCCGCUGCAUUGCGAUUACCUCCUUCUUCCUGGCCGUCAAGACCUGCGAGGAGGAUGAGUGUGUGCCCUCUCUGAGGGAGUUGGUUGCAUCCAGCAGCUGUGGCUGUUCUCCAUCAGAGAUCCGGAGGAUGGAAAAAAUCAUCCUUGACAAAUUGAACUGGGAUCUCCACCACGCUACAUCGCUGGACUUCCUGCAUAUUUUCCAUGCAAUGGUGUUGUCAUGUUGUUCUGGGCUGUUGGACUCGUUGUUGGGACUGAACCGCUCUCAACAUCUUGCCCUGCUCACUCGACGACUUUACCACUGUUUGGCAGAUCACUCACUCACUCAGCUGAGAGGAUCCAUGCUGGCCUUGGCCCUCAUCACUCUGGAUUUGGAGACAUGCUGCCCUGACUGGCUGGCUCUUACCAUUGAGCUGCUAAGGAAGGCACAGAUCGACACCUCCGAGUUGAUUAGGAGUCGAGAGCUCGUUGCGUGCAGUCUUUCCACCCCGAGAGCUUCCCUGCCUCCAAACACUGUCUACAUCUAUCAACCUCUUCGCAGCCAAACCAUUCUGCAGCCUCCAGCCCAGAACCCUCGGGAGGGCCUCACCAACUCUUCUACACCAGCAGCUAGAGCGGAGGAGGGGCAGCGACAGCCCGCCAACCACGGCUGCCCGCCGGCUCUCCUCUCUCCCCCGAAGGCCUUGUGUCACCUCAACCGCCUGCACAAAGUCAUCUUACGCUGCAAGGCCUCCGCAAAGCGCAAGGUGGAGGAGAUGGAGGUGGACGACUUCUACGACGAUAUAAAACGCCUGUACAACGAAGAUGGAGUCACCGCAACAACGGGGGUUGUUCCAGAGGAGGUCCUCGGGGUAGAAGGCAGCUCCUCGCCCUGCCCGCCGCUGCAGCCUGUUUGCGGCUCAUAGAAAGAGGUCCCCGUCCCGCUCAUCCCAACUGUCUCACCACUUCGGUUGUCCAAAUCAGUGGAGAUAUUUUUGCAUGCAGUUGACAACAGAAUCACAAACGCAUGCUUAAAAAUCUCCACUAAAGCUUCUCGUGUGAAAACCUCUAUAUUACGAAUGUGAUCUCCCCAGUGGUUUAGACCGUUUGGAUGAGCUCAAUCCGUCCCCUAAAUCUGUUCAGGUGUCUUCGAGUGCAGCUCCCAUCACCCCCUUCAGCCAGAAACAGAGUCCCAAAAAAAUCUUAACAUAAACAAAAAAAAGAAUAAAAACCUGCUGCUAUUCUUCUUAGUUACAUUGGUUUGACAUACAGUAUAUGAAUAUAGUAUGAUUAUAUAUAUUGAGAAAAAAAACAAGACAAAAAAAUCUAUCGUUUGUCAACUUUUAUUUGUUACCCUCUCUAAUCUAUUGUAGCAUCACUGUCCACUCUUCUCUUCAUGUCUAGAAUUGUCACAAUCCAACUUUUGAAUGUUUCUGUAUGGACACACUAAAAAGAGAACAUUUGGAUAUUUAGCAAAGAGCACUUUUUGAUCACGUAUGCAUGAAAUGCCCAUGAAGUCCCUCAUGGCAUUUUGCAAUUUGCCUCUCGGCUUAACCCUUUCCCGAGUGAAGGUUUCUCAGGGUGCUUUGUUGAUGCUUUUGUUCGAUGAGCAAAACAAGAGCAGCAACUCUCAAAAUGCACCUUAAAACGUCAAGAUAUAUUAGAUACUUACAGUCGGCAACUGCUGUAUUCAAGUCAUCUCUCCCAAAUCACCCAAGCUAACUUAAGAUGGCAGUUCUUUACAAGCCUGUUUAUUAUCUCCUCAAGUGUUCUCAUCAGACUAAUGCAUGUUUUUUGCGUUUAUCGAGAAUGAAGCCAGAUUACAUCUGGCUACUGUAGGAAAGAGAUUUGAAAUCAAUGUUAUUCUACUGUGUUGUAAAACACAAAAGCAUUUUGGAAUGAAGCAUGAGAAACAUACGCACUUCUAUCUGAGCGGAACACACAGUCGAAACAAAAUGAGUGUUUACAUGAUAUUCGAGACAUGCUCUGAUUUUAAUGUAUUUGUUUUAUUCCUGCAAAAAUCUCUGUUUUACCUGCUGGAGGGGCCUGCUGGUUGCUGAUCCUAAUACCUGGAUGCAGAUAUGGCACAAGCAAAUAAAAAGAGAAUGACGACUGAGAA